AUGUGCCUGCUCGACGAGGACCUCAAUAUUUUUUUUGCUGAAUGCAGGGCCUCAGCAUGGACGGGUUAUGACUUGUAUCCAAUCUCAGGAGACGUUGAACAACGGGCAAAGCAUGCUCGUUCUCGGGCGAUAGAAGCCCCAUGUUCUUCCAACAAAUACAGUGCAUGCCCGAGCAGGAGCGACGUCCAUGUCCAAAUGCAAAACCCUGAGGCUGGACAUGGGUUCGACCCAAUCCGACGAACGAGAAGCCCACAAGCAGCUUCGAGGAGCUUUCAGGCCUGGCGCUCAGAAGAAUACGAUGUCUUGUUAUUUAUAGAUGACAAUAUAUACUUAUAUAUAUAUAUAUAUGUAUAUAUAAUACAGAAAUGCGAAUGA